AUGUGGGAGUGGGUCAGGAGAGCUGUGCUGCACUCGCUGGCCACGGCCCUGCUGCGCCUCUGGAAGUGGCUGCGGGUGUUCUGGUACAAGAAUGGCCUCCUGACCCUCUCCAUGCUCUCGGUGGUCACCGGAUGCCUCCUGGGGUUCCUGCUGCGGGCGCUGGAGCUGACAGACCUGGAGAAGCAGUAUUUUUCCUUUCCUGGAGAGCUCCUCAUGAGGAUGCUGAAGAUGCUGAUCCUGCCCUUGAUCACCUCCAGCCUCAUGUCUGGGCUGGCCACCAUGGACUCCAAGGCCUGUGGGAAGAUGGGGGUGAUCACCAUCACCUACUACCUUUGGACAACCUUCAUGGCAGUGACCGUGGGGAUCAUCCUCGUGGUCAGCAUCCAUCCUGGGGCAGCUGCCCAGAAGGACAACUACUCUGUGGGGAAAGUGGUGCUCAGCUCCGCCGACGCGUUACUGGAUUUAAUCAGAAACAUGUUUCCUUCUAACCUGGUUGAAGCUUCGUUCCAGCAGUACCGAACUGUUCUUGUCCCGGUGGUGAAAUCUCCUGGUUUUCCAAAGAUCCCGGGAAAACCUCUCAAUUUUAUUUACUUUGCACCUGAUGACAAAAACCCUGAAAUCCACCGGCCUGUGUUCCUUGAGCUGACACCAUCGCCCGAGAUGACCUACAGGACCCUGGCUGGGACCAGCAAUGAGAUGAAUGUCCUGGGCAUUGUCAUCUUCUCAGCAACCAUAGGACUUCUCCUGGGGAAAAUGGGCGAGCGAGGAGCCCCCCUGGUCAACGUGUGCCAGUGUCUGAACGAAGCAGUCAUGAAAAUUGUCUCGAUGGCUGUUUGGUACUUCCCCUUUGGCAUUGUAUUUCUCAUAGCUGGAAAGAUCUUGGAGAUGGAGGAUCCCUCGGUCAUUGGACAGAAGCUGGGACUGUAUGUCAUCACAGUAGUGUCAGGGCUUGCUGUGCAUGGAAUCAUCCUCUUACCUCUGCUUUUUGUGCUCAUCACCAAGAAAAACCCCUUUGCUUUCAUUCAGGGGAUACUGCAAGCCUUGCUGAUCGCCUUAGCUACAUCCUCCAGCUCAGCCACCCUGCCCAUCACCCUCAAGUGUCUCCUGGAGAACAACGGCAUCGACAGGCGCGUGGCGCGCUUCGUGCUCCCCGUGGGCGCCACCAUCAACAUGGACGGCACCGCGCUCUACGAGGCCGUCGCCGCCAUCUUCAUCGCCCAGGUCAACAAGUAUGAGCUGGACCUGGGACAAAUCAUAACCAUCAGCAUCACGGCCUCAGCAGCCAGCAUUGGGGCUGCUGGGAUCCCACAGUCCGGGCUGGUCACCAUGGUCAUCGUGCUCACCUCCGUGGGGCUGCCCACCGAGGACAUCACCCUCAUCAUCGCUGUCGACUGGGCUCUGGACCGGCUGCGCACCAUGACCAACGUGCUGGGGGACGCGCUGGCCGCCGGCAUCAUCGCGCACGUGUGCCACAAGGACUUCGCCCCAAAGCCGCCCCCGCAAAACCCAGUGAGCAACACAGACAAGUUUCUUUCUGCAGAGACCUCACACCUGCAUCCCAAGGACAAAGGGAUUGAAAUAACCGAGGAAACGCUGUUGGAUCAGACGGGAGUUCACUAUAACAUCUGCCAGGUGUAG